GAUAAUCCAACUCGGAAUUAGCAUUGUUUUGGUUUAUUCUUUGUUUUCGUUUUUACAAUUGUUGGUAAAUUGAAGUUAAACAAAUGGAGCAGCAACUGGAAAAAGUGUUGAGCGAAAUCUUAACACAACAAGACACCGUGGGUGCCUUAGUGGCGAAUCGGCAAGGCCUCUGCUUGGGCGCCAAGGGCAACAUUAAUCCCAACGUCUCUGGCAUUGGAAUGGCCAUAUCCGAGCAGGUGGCCAAGCUGGAGCCCAACAGCACUCUUCCGGCCACUGUUUGUCUGUACAGUGGCAAUAAGCGCUGUGUCAUACAAAAGGAUGGCGAUAUAACUGGCAUAAUUUAUAAACAAACAACACCAACAACAGCAGCGACAGCAACAGCAUCGACAUCGGCCAGCAAUUAGCAAUGCGAUGCGAGUACAUACAUACAUAGCUCGUACCUUAGGCCAACGUGAGACAAAUUUCUUCCAAAUGCGCUCGAGUAUUGUUUACAGCAAUAGCCGGCGACAUUCGUAGCCGUUUAGCCGUUAAGAGCUGGCAGCGUUUGUACACUUUUUGUUGAUUUGUUUUAAAUGGCGUUUAUUAUUUG